GAAGCAUCGCUUCUCCUCUCGUUUGGUUCAGCCGCGGUCGUGCACGUGUCCUUAACGGCGAUUGUGGGGGGCCGUUAAAUCCUUUGCACGUUUGCCUUCGGGCUUGCCUAAGUGUUGAAAAUGUCGUAUAUGCUUCCACAUUUACACAAUGGCUGGCAGGUAGACCAGGCCAUUCUUUCAGAAGAAGAUCGUGUGGUGGUCAUUCGCUUUGGACAUGACUGGGAUCCAACAUGUAUGAAAAUGGAUGAAGUUUUAUAUAGUAUUGCAGAAAAGGUGAAAAAUUUUGCUGUUAUUUAUCUUGUAGAUAUCACAGAAGUUCCAGACUUCAACAAAAUGUAUGAACUGUAUGAUCCCUGUACUGUCAUGUUCUUCUUCAGAAACAAACAUAUAAUGAUUGAUUUGGGCACUGGGAACAACAACAAAAUUAACUGGGCAAUGGAAGACAAACAAGAGAUGAUUGACAUCAUAGAGACUGUUUAUAGAGGAGCACGUAAAGGUAGAGGUCUUGUUGUGUCACCUAAAGACUACUCAACCAAAUACAGAUAUUGAUGCCGCACCUGUUUUCUUCAAGUCCCUCUCGUUCUGAAACAUCAUAAAGUUAACUUUUGUAUAGAUUUUUCUUACCCCUUCAUUGUAAAUAUAUUUUGAAGUUAUGUAAAUAUGUUAUCAAAUAUUAAUGGAAAAUGUUAGCAACUAUUUCCUUUUAGAAAUA